AUGGCGCAACGGAAGACUGAUGACUGGAUCGAUGCGCUUGGAGCCAUUGGCGUGCCGUGUGGUCCCAUCAAUGCAAUGGACAAAGUCGUUAGUCAUCCACAGGUGCAAGCACGGGAGAUGAUUACACGCGUCGCACAUCACAUCACAGGCGAAGUGGAGGUGCCGGGAGUACCGAUUAAACUAUCGGAAACACCCGGAAGCGUAGAUGCCCCUGCACCGAGUCUCGGAGAACAUACGGACAAGGUCCUCACCGGCUUGUUGGGAAUGCAUCCAGAUGAAGUGGAACAGUUAAGACGACACGGGGUUAUUUAA